CCUGCACGUGUCAUACCCCCGUUCGCAAACAAGCAGUCCUUAGUAGGAAUAAAUGCCACGCGAUUCUUGGUGAGGUAUAAAAAGACCGCUCAUUGCUCCGGUCAGCUGCAGUCCACAAUCAAGAUGAGAGCGUUGCUUUUCUUCUUCUUCCUGGCGGUCUCCGCUUGCGCCGCCCAGGAGAUUCAGCGCCUGCCUGAUGUGAACGCGACGGACAACCAGGCGUCCAACGGGUCAGGCGCAGACAACCAGUCGCCCCAGCAGCAGCAGCAGCAGCAGCAGCCCCUGCGGCCAAACUUCGGCGGCCAGUGGGGCGCUCCACCACCACCAAGCAGGCGCCCAGCGUUCCCUAGCAAUGGCAACCAGGGCUUCGGCUCCGGCUUUAACACAGGCUUCAACCCAGGCUUCAACCCAGGCGUCAAUCCAGGCUUCAACCCAGGCUUCAACCCAGGCGUCAACCCAGGCUUCAACCCAGGCUUCAACCCAGGCUUCAUCCCAGGCUUCAACCAAGGCUUCAACCCAGGCUUCAAUCCUGGCCAAUUCCCAGGUUUUGGACAACUGCCAUUCCCUGGGUUCGGGCGCUAAGUCCUGAUUUUCUGAGUAUCUGUAAUAUGUUGAUGUUGUAGAAACCAGAGGUGACACAUUAAAUGCACAAGUGUUUGUUUCUUCA